CCUAUCUUCCCCUCAUCAUGCAGCACUGUCAGUGCCUGGCAGCGAUUUAGACGAGGGCGUACAGACUUGAGGCAGCAGUGAAUGCAUUUCCCUGCUGACUACGGUCGUACUUUUCUCAUCUUGUACGGAUUACUACUAAAUUCAAUCCUCGAUCAAUCGCCGCAUCGCAUUUUCCUGCUGCACUUCUCCAUCUGAAGGCCUGUCACAGAGUAAAGUGGCUCGGUGUGUGUGUGUUUAGACAGCGGCAAGAGAGCAGCAGUGUGUCCCCGAUGGCUGGCUGGAAGGACGGCUCAGUGCAGGAGAAAUAUCGCCUGGUGGUCGUCGGAGGUGGUGGCGUCGGAAAAUCAGCAUUAACCAUACAGUUUAUCCAGUCAUACUUUGUCACUGACUAUGACCCUACGAUUGAAGACUCCUACACAAAGCAGUGUGUGAUUGACGAGAGGCCUGCUCGGCUGGACAUCCUGGAUACAGCAGGACAGGAAGAGUUUGGAGCCAUGAGAGAACAAUACAUGAGGACAGGGGAGGGCUUCCUUCUCGUCUUCUCUGUCACUGACCGGGGAAGCUUUGAAGAGAUCUACAAGUUCCAAAGACAGAUCUUGAGAGUGAAGGACCGAGAUGAGUUUCCUAUGAUUCUAGUGGGUAACAAAGCUGAUCUUGAGCAACAGAGACAAGUGUCCCAAGAGGAGGGCCAGCAGCUAGCCCGACAACUCAAAGUCACAUAUAUGGAGGCCUCAGCUAAGAUCCGUAUGAAUGUAGACCAGGCUUUCCAUGAGCUGGUUAGAGUCAUAAGGAAGUUCCAGGAGCAAGACUGCCCACCCUCACCAGAGCCCACGCGCAAAGAGAAGGACAAGAGUGGCUGCCAUUGUGUGAUUGUCUAAUUGGCCUUUCAAUGCCGCCACUCACCCAGCUGCUGUCACCAGUCCCUGCCCCCAACCCUGCCUUCUGACAUCACAUACUGUGUGGAUGAACUCGCUGCCUUUCUACGUGUGCAUGUCUUCAAAACAGAGUCACUCUCAUAGCCUUAACAGGGGUGUUUCCAGCCUCUAGGACUUCACUACUAGAAGAACCAAACUGACACAGUCUUGAUCGAACUCACCAUUCUACCUUCGACUAGAGUACUGACAUAAGUGUGACUUGUAUCGCAAAUAGAAUAUGGUAAUCGUGCCCCAACACUAAACAUCGCUUCUUUCAAAUUUGCUAUAAAACACACAGUUCCUUUUUUGUAUUUUGAAGGAUUUUUUCCCUCUUGCCUUGUGACAUUUGUAAUUUUGCUGAGAUCAAAAGACUUAAAAAAACACCAUUGGGGUUGUUGAAGAGGAAAUCUUUUAGUCGCUGAUCUUUCAUGAGAUGAUGAGUUGAAGCUUUGUGUGUGUUGUGCCAUAACUGUUUUUACUUCCAUAUGCUAAGCAACAAUUGUACAUAUGUGAAGAGUUGUGUGGGUUGAGACCACCUUUAUAAUGACAGAACUCAAUUGUCAGAGUACUGUGUGUGAGACUGAUGAGCUUGUUUUGACAUGCAUUAAAACAUUAAUGUACUCGCAUAUACAGUAUGUACAUAGAUAGAUAGCCUCUAGCAUAAUAACCCUUUGUCAUCAGUUUCCUAACUUUUAUUUUGGUCAAGAUGCUAUUUUAUUAUCAUCAGACUUUUUAGUUCAUAAAGGGUAGUUCAGACCGAAAACGUUCUUGCGUUGAAAAAAGCUAGAUGCAGCACACCGAAUAGAACAGAACGCAGGUGUCUCGAGGAGUGGUCAACCGAUAUGGGUUUUCACUGGCCGACGCAGUACCGCUAUCUAGAGAGCAGGACGGCCAAUGUAAAUGCAGAUAAACAUAAAACAAUUUAACCACAGCAAAUCAGAUGUACACAAAAUUUCAAAAGUGAAACAAACACUUAUUUAUGCAAUAUUUACUCAUAAUUUGCAUAAACUUGAAAAGAAAAACCUUAAAAAACAAAGUGUUGACUAUCCAUUGACAAAUCUAUUGGUAGAUUUUGGAACUGACACAUCUGAAUUUUAACACUUCUAUUAAGCAAACACGGUUAUUGGCCGAUGCCGAUAAUCACAAAAAAGCCAAAUAUCAGCCGAUUAAUCGGCCUGGCCGAUAUAUAGUUCUAUCACUAGUCUCGAGAUGUGCUUUUAGAAGUUUAUGUUCUUUUUAACUUGGCAUGGUAUUUUUCUUUUCAUAGAAAAACAAGUGCAGACGGACGCAAUCAAGGCUUUAUGGCAUGUAUGGAUUUGCUUCUUUUUAGUUCUGUGAUCUCAGAUUGUGAAAUGUAUUAUACAUGACAUGUAGCCAGAUUGUUCAAUCCUUUAUAACUCUCAGCUCUGAUUUCUACAGACUAUCUUCAGACUCAGGUUGCUCCAUAAACAGUGCUUUUACAACGUUCUUAGAAUGUACAAAGCUCACUCAUUAGUAGCUCACUCAAGCUCACUCAUUAGUAGGCUCUGUUCUGUACUAGGUACCCCACCAGGAUUGAUUAUACAGAGUAGUCGUCUCUGAAGUAAUCAUAUCUUUUUUUCUGGCCUUAUUUCAGUUCACUUGUACACUGAUUUUGUUUUGUAUUGGUUUUGAAAUGUAUUUAAAUUACUGAAACGCACAAGGACAAAUUAAAAUGGACUGUAGAACUGCUGACAUCGUAGGCAUCUUUUAAAAGAAUAGUUCACCCAAAAUUUUUAAAUUUUGCCAUUAUUUACACACCCUAAUGUCGCUUCAAACCCAUAUGACUUUCAUUUUUCUGCAGAACACAACAGAAGAUAUUUUCGUCACAAUUUCCAUACAAUAGCAGUUGAUAAUUACUCAAAGCUGAAAAAAGGGUGUCAUGACGUGACUUGGUCACAAGACGUGCAUUAAUCAGUGGUUCAGUGUUAUUGACGUGUCACCAUAUUUGAUUUGGGCAUUGUAUACAUGAGUUGAUUAAUGAUUUGAUUUGAGUGCAUAACAACUUUAUAUUCUGUCUUUUUAUCAUAUAAAGUGGUCGUUUGCUAUCAGAAGACUUGGAAUGUGACACACAAGUUGGAUUACUUUUAUGGACUAAUUUUAUGACACUUUUGGGGGCUUUUUAGGUCACUGAUCUCCUUUUCUGUUCUGCAGAAGAAAUAUGGGUCAUUUGGGUUUGGAAGGGUGAGUAAAUAAUGACAGAUUUUUUUUUAUUUUUUUUUGGGAAACAAUCCCUUUAAGUAUCUUAUCACAUAAAAGAAAAUGAUUCAAUGUUUUUUAUUCAAUACAGCUGUAGUGUGCAAGAAUUCAUAUAUCAGAAAUCCACAUUCCCUCAAGAGAGGUCUGUUUUUAAUAUAUAUAACUGCAAGGAGAGGUUGAUGUCUCUGUGACAUUCACACUUGGUCAUGGUAUUUCUCAUGUGUCAAUCUGACAGGUGAUAAUUUCCUUCCUACUCCAAGGGUUCAUAUCACUAUUGUAUUAUGUUGCAUCUUAUGUUUCGUCUUCCUUUUUUUCAGCGUGCAUUUCUGUACGAGGAAUACAAAUAAACUAUUUUAGUUUUGUGUUUUAUCAUCAUGUAAUAUAAGAAAAAAGGUGGAAGUGAUCUUUUGAAUGGACAUGAUUAAAUGUUUUUACUAUA